AUGGAUGAGACCCUCUUCGAGAUCAGAGCGAAGUUGAAGGUGCAAGGAAAGGAAGUCGGAUUCAAGGUGGUUCUUCGACUCCAAUCGACGUUCCUGGCGCACCGCCAUGGCUUGACCGUUCCCUCCCUACCUCCCUUGAUCUCAAACUCGUACUGGGCUCCCAUGGCUUCUCUCUACGACGUCCAAAACUCGUCUGCAUUCAGGAAUCUGAAUGCCAUCAACAUCGUCUCUUUCUUUCUGGCUACUGCGGUCUGGGGUUCAAAUGUGUCAAAUUCAAUAUUGUUUGCGUUUAGGUCAAAUCAGCCUCGAAGUCGAAAACUAUGGGUCGCCUGGCUCUGGACUCUUACGACCAUCGGCCAAGGGUUACUAACGUCCAGAGUUGAGAAGGACUAUUUUGGAUGGGGGUUCAUCUCGUCGAAGAUUUCGUUCGGACGAGAAGGAAUGGCGAUAGUUAUCCUCCUCGUAUCGGCCAUCGUGUCAAUAUCCUCACAAAUAUUCUUCCUCUGCCUAGUCAGAAUACGCCGGCCGUCAUGGUCACUGUUAUCGGGAUUCGCACUUCCACCGAUAGUUUUCCAACUCGUUCUUCCUCUCGGCCUCCUCUUUGCUUCUCCUUCAUCGAGCUGGCGAGACCACCAAAAAUCCGUCAUGUUCGCGACCCUAAUGGUCAACACCAUCCUCAACCUCACGAUCUUCGGCGCGGUGUCGACGAUCCUCUGGCCAGACCACUUUGGUAAUCCUACCCAAGUCAAGUGGAAAGCACCCUUACUCAUGCGCGCCAUCCUCUACCCCCUCCACACGGGCGCCUGCCCUGCGCUCUUCUCGAUAAGCUCGCCUAUCAUGUUCUACUACCUCAGCUCCUACCUCAACCACUUCCUCAUCUACCAGCACCUCCUCUCGCCGUUAUACUUCAUGUCCGUACUCUCCAUCCUCGACUCGCCGCUCGCUCUCUCCGCUCCUGGUUCGUGUGGCGCUCGGGUUGAGGACGCAGCUUGGCGCAAGACCCUUCGAUCGAAUGCCACUGGAACUUCACGAUCGUGUGUCCUGCAUGGAACUGUGGGCACCGAGACCCUCCGAUUCGACCAUUCGUCAGCUGGGACUGGCACCCAAGCAGGUGAGAGUCAGACGUCUGGGACUAUAUACACGGAACGAUCUUUCGUGCACACGAGUACGGAUACGACACCGGAGGUUAGUCUAAGGAAGAUGUAA